AUGAUACCAUUAAGCUUGAUACUGAGAAAGGAAAAGGUAGGGAAUGAAUUUCGAGGAAAAGAACUCAAAAUCAACCAUCUUCUAUUCCUGGAUGAUUUGAAGUUGUUUGGAAAGAACAAGGAGCAAGUAGACUCGCUGGUGAAAACUGUCCAUAUAGUUAGCAAAGACAUUGGAAUGGAAUUUGGGAUAAAGAAAUCUGGAAUGCUUGUAAUGAAAAGAGGAAAGAUUGUGGAAUGUAAUGGAAUACAGCUACCUGAUGAGAAAACAAUAAAGUCCGUAGAAGAAGAUGGAUAUAAAUAUCUUGGUAUACUGGAAUUAGAUAAAAUUAUGGAGGGUGAAAUGAAGAGAAAGUUUGUAAAGGAAUACGGGAGGAGAUUAAGAGUGGUGCUGAAAACAAAAUUGAAUGGCAGAAACAAAAUCAUAGCAAUGAACACUUAGGCCGUUGCGCUGCUGAGGUACGGAGCUGGUGUUUUGAAAUGGAAAAAAGAUGAAAUUGCUGCAAUGGAUCGCAAAACACGUAAACUGAUGACACUGUCUGGUGCUCUUCACCCAAGAAGUGACAUUCAUCGAUUAUAUUUACCGAGAGAAAAGGGCGGAAGAGGUUUGAUCACUUGUGAAGGAUGAAUUCGUACAGAGGAGAACAGUUUGUGAUGGUAUGUAAAGAACAGUGUGGAACCACUUUUACAACAAGUUGCAAAGACAGGUGUGAUUGGAACGGAAAGAUGCGUAACAAAAGAAAAUUUUAAAAAGAAAGCUGUGGAGGAGGUAGAGAAAGCCUUGAUUGACAAGAAAAUGUAUGGACAAUAUAACAGAGGUUUAGGUAGAAAAGUAGAUAGGGAGAAGACAUGGUGGUGGCUGAAGAAAGGAGAGUUGAAACCCGAGACUUAA